GGGAGAUUCAAGAGAGGGAGAAAUUGAAAUUGCCAAAACGUGAAGGGCGGUUUUGAUAUUUACUCUUCCACUUUGAAGUCACGGACGCACCGCUCAUUCCCACCUCCCAAACUCUGCUUGAAGAACCCUAAAUUUGCAGCCCUAAUCGACAAAAAAAUCUUAGAAUUUCAAUCAGAUUAAAAACUCUAGGGACCAUCUCAUCGACAUCUUCGAUGCUCGUUCGAAGGCUUUGCACCCCUCUCACCCGUUCAGACCUCCACCUUCUCCGCCCUUACCCAAAAUCCUCAAAACCUAUUUCAAUUUCCAAUUGCAGGAAACCUUUUUACAUCAAAACCCCAAAACCCUCAGCCAUUCGAUACAUCUCGUCCACUUCCAAAAUGGGAGAUGCCCGGAGGCCUCCCGCUGUCCCCAUUCCCCCCGUCGAUACAGAAAACCGGUCGGAGUUGCUCAGAGCCCUCGAGGCCACAUUGGGUUCUUCUUUUAGCUCGGAGCCACUGUCUCCACCGCCGAAACCGAUAAUCAUAGUGAUUAGCGGACCGAGCGGGGUGGGCAAAGAUGCAGUGAUCAAGAAAUUGAGGGAAGCCAGGGAGGGUAUUCAUUUUGUGGUGACGGCGACCAGCCGGGCGAAGCGGGAGGGUGAAGUUGAGGGGAAAGAUUACUAUUUUGUCAGCAAAGAGGAGUUUCUAGGGAUGAUAUCAAGGAAUGAACUUCUGGAGUAUGCUCUGGUGUAUGGGGAUUAUAAGGGCAUUCCGAAACAGCGGAUUCGAGAGUACAUGACGAUGGGGUAUGAUAUUGUAUUGAGAGUGGACAUACAAGGGGCAUCUACAUUGAGGAAGAUUUUUGGAGAUUCCGCGGUGUUUAUUUUUCUUGUCGCGGAGAGUGAAUUGGCGCUUGUGAAGCGGUUGAUUGAUAGGAAGACUGAGACGAAGGAGACACUUCUUGUGAGGAUUGCGACAGCUAGAGAAGAGAUGAAUCAUAUGAAGAAUUUUGAUUAUGUGGUUGUGAACGCGGAGGGGAAGCUUGAGGACGCCGUUAAGUUGGUGGAAUCAAUCAUUGAUGCAGAGAAGGCUAAAGUUCGGCAAAGAAGUGCUGUGGUGUAAUUAGGGGUUGACGCUGAUUUUUUGAAUGAGAGAAUGGGGAUGCAUCAGUUGGAAAGGAGGAUUGAAAUUGUGACACGAGAUUUGCCAAAAACUUGAACCUUUGAGACGUGGAUGGUUGUUUUCUGUUUUCUGCAUGGGUGGUGUGAGGUUGUUGUAUUCUUGAUUCAUGGAACAAGGGGCUGAAGAGGUAGUAUUCACAAUUUUUAUAUCCAAAUGGAUAUCUUAAAUUAAUAACUUUUAGAUGGAUCUUAAAUAAAUUAAAUUAAAUCAAUUAUCACCAAA